GCAGCUGAUUUGACAUCCCCGUUGCCUGGAGGGGCGGAGAAGGACCAGACGAGAGGAACCCUCCAGUAGACCGUGGGCAGCAGGAGAACCGGUGGGUUGGCAGACCUGAAUGAAGACCCGGGACUCCCUGUUUAGUUCUUGGGGACAGUUUAAAGUUUUAUUCGGGGUCUGGAUUUAUAAUGCGGGGCGGUGAAACCUGAUGAAGUUCACCAGAGAUCUCUGCUGGCUGCUGGGCUUAGGAGGCGAUGGGCCAGGUGAGCAGGAGAUGGAGGUUCAGGACGGAGCCACCAACCAGACCGAUAGAAGAAAUGACCCAAGCCCAUCACAGGCGAUGCUGAGCGGUGAAGAGGGCUUGGAUGAUGAGGAGAAAACCAGAAGAAGGGCUGAGAGGAGGAGAGCAAAAAAGAAAAGGCAGAAAGAACGCAAGAAGAUGGAGAAAGGGGAGAGGAUGGAGGACGCGUCAGAGCAGGAAGAAGAAGCACCCGGAGCGGGGACAGAGAGUGACAGUGAGGAGCCCGAAUCAGACCGAGCUCUCACUAUAACAGAGAACAAGAGCAACCGGCAGCUGCCCUGCAGAGCCUCAGAGGAGGAGCCGGAGUGGGACGUCAGCAGUGCUUUUGUGGCCAAAGCUGCCAGCCACAUCAAACUGAAAUCCCCCAAGAGCAGAGCUUCACAGUUCUCCAGAGAGAACAAGGAGAACGAGGCCCAGAGCAGCCAGGAGAUGGAGACCACAGAAGAGAUGAAGAGGAGGGGGGAGGCUCUCACAGUGCAGGGCAUUCAGAUGUUCCAGCAGGGCCAGUUCAGCCAGGCGGUGCACACGUUCACAGAAGCCAUCGACUGUGACCCCAAAGACCACAGGUUCUACGGGAAUCGGUCUUACUGUUACUUGUGUUUGGAGCAGUACUCCUCUGCCCUGACAGACGCCCGGAGGUCCAUUCGGCUGGCCCCUGAUUGGCCAAAGGGACACUUCCGUAAGGGCUGCGCUCUGAUGGGGUUAAAGCGGUACAUUAGGGCGGAGGAGGCCAUGGCGCAGGUGUUGAGGUUGGAUCAACACUGUCAGGAAGCAUCCAGUAGACUUUUUACCUGCAGAGUUCUGCAGCUCAUGGAGCUGGGUUUCUCAGAGCAGCAGAGUGAACUGCUGCUGGAGAAGUUCAAAACCAUCCAUGCGGCCAUCAACUCACCUGAUGCCAAAACACUGAUGCAAACGUCUCAGCAGGAGCAGAGUGGGAGCUGCCGAUCUCUGUGGGUGGGGAACAUCACUGUCGAAGUCACAGAACAACACCUCAUGGCUCUCUUCAAAAUGUUUGGUGAGAUAGAGAGCAUCAGGGUCCUCCAUGAGCGCUUCUGUGCCUUUGUCAACUUCAAGAACGCCAACAUGGCCGCCAAAGCCCUGGAGAAGCUGCAGGGGGCGGAGCUGGGGAACUGUAAACUGGUGAUGAGGUACCCCGACCGUUGGAUCCAGCGGACCCUGCCCACCAUUCAAAGGACCAACACCGGCUUCAGCUCCAACGCUGCAGGACCACAGCAGGGCUCAGUGGCCUCAUGGUCCAAAGGGUGUGCGCCCAUAGAUGGAGACAAGUGCUUCUACUGGCGGACCACAGGCUGUUUCUACGGUGACAAAUGCCGCCUCAAACACCUACCAGAGCAGCAGGGUCAAGACAAGAAAAACUUUCAACUCUAACUGUGUCCAUUACACUCCUUACCUCAGCACCAAGGCACGGUGACAAAGGAUGAAUGAGAACACGGGGAACAAAAAGGGAAAAAGGACGAGAAGAUGAUAUGUCUGUGUAUGACUUUUGAAGACGAACCAAAGAAUGAAUUUAUCAAAGAAAUCCGCCUCAAAGCUUCCCGUGUAAGGACGACUUACAUGGGAUUUAAUUAUCUGUUGGAAGCGUCGCUGACUCAGAUAAGGGUGAUGAACUUCUGGUUUCUGCAUGGAGCUCCUGUUCUGUAGGAGUCUGUUACCAAAGGAUUCAUUUGAACUAAAAUGGAAACACUACCAAAACCUUGGACAAACAUUGUGUCUUCAACACCUCCGUUGAAUUGCCUUAAAUUCCAGUUAUUUUCAUAGAAUGAAAGAGAGAUGGAAGAUUUAACUGUACUGUUUUUUUUGGGGUUUUUUUUCAGAAAACAAUAAAUUAAUAAAUAAAAUGAA